AUGUUCAUCGCAAUUAUCCUAACAUCCAUGGGAUUCCGAGUAUACAUCAGGGGAUAUUCUUUAAAGAUAUGGGGCUUGGAUGACUCUAUAUUCAUACUUUCGUCGGUAGUGCGUUCUUGCUUCUGUCAUUCUCUACCAAGUUGCAUUUGGUUCCAUCAAAGUCAUUUCUUCUCCAGCACCGUCGAGCCUUUGGCACUCAUUUCGUUCAAGUGUUUUGACAGCUUCCUGGUUGUCGUUCUAAUAACUAUGUUCGGCAUGACGAUAUACAGCGGAGUAAUCUGGGGGCCACUCCUGCUAGGUCCAUCGUCGUAUACCGAUGGAAGCUUGGAAGUAGUGGUAUGGGGCUACAUUAGUAGCGGCAUCACGCUCGUCACGGACAUUAUCAUCUUUCUCCUACCUAUGCCUAUCUUGAUCCAAUUACACCUCGCCCCCGCGCAAAAGCUAGGUUUGAUUUCGUGUUUUGGUGUUGGGCUUUUCACAAGUGCAAUAUCAGUGUACAGAUUUACCAACUUUACGACGGGCCUUCGCGAUACUGACAUCACGUACAAUUGCAUACCAUUGUCUAUAAUAUCUCAAGCCGAAACGACCUCCGCCAUUGUAUGUGCAUGUGUACCUCUACUCCGGCCAAUAUUGUCGAGCUUAAUCGAUCUGGGGAUAGGCAGCCAAAUCACCCGCGAGAAGUCCCCCAAGAUUAAAUCUACGCUUACAACACCGAUUUCAUCUUUAAGCCCGGAAAAGCCCGACCCAGCAUACUUACACACUGCAGGAGACUUUUAA